CGUCUUCGUCUUCUUGAAUCCGAUAGCGCAGACGCGUGGGGGGACAAUCGGAGGGAGAGGGAGAGGCUUACGCCCACACAGCAUGGCUCUCAAGCUCCAUUACCAUCGUCUACUCUCCCUCGUCCUCCUCAUCCUUCUCCUCUUCUCCGUCCAUCGUUCAUCGGCCGGAGUAGAAGAGAGUUUCCUAGAAUCAGUGCCUGAUCUUCAGAACAAGAUGUACAUGGUUGUUGAUGGCUAUCCUUGUGUUCGACUUCUAAACAUUUCUGGUGAAAUUGGUUGUGCAAAUCCUGGUCGUGUGAAGGUUGUUGCACCCAUCGUGAGGUUCACAAAUGACAUGUUUAAGCUCGUUUCACCUUCUGCCGUUUUGGUUCCACCAGACAAAAUGGAAGACUUUUUUAACAAGUUACAUUCCGAUAAGGAGUCAGCACGAAAGAUAGCCGGCGUGCUGAUUAAGUCUAAUAUUGGAUAUUCGAAUGAAAUAUUUGGGUUCUCACCAGUAGGAAAAUUUCCACAGGCUGAGUUUGCUCCAUACAGGAAUACCAAAUAUAAUUGGAACCCAGCUGGAUCUGGUGUAAUGUGGAACCGCUAUGAUUUUCCUGUGUUCCUUCUCUCCCAAAAUAGCACCUUAAAACUUGAAGAGAUUGUAGAAAGCGCUGAGGUACAUAAUGACAAAUUCCAUGUAGAUGUUGCAGAGUUUGAUGUUGUAAUGCAGACAACCAAAGUUGGGAAUCAUAAUUCAGAAACUUGUCUUAAAGAUCAGUCCUGUCUUCCAUUAGGGGGAUACAGUGUUUGGUCCUCACUACCACCUAUUAAUGUCUCAUCUCAAAUGGAAAAACCUAUUAUACUUGCAAUGGCAUCCCAAGAUUCUGCAUCAUUCUUUCGUGACAGAACGUUUGGAGCUGAUUCCCAUUUAUCUGGAAUGAUUGCUUUAUUGGCAGCAAUUGAUGCUCUCUCUCAUGUGGACAAUGUAAAUGAGUUUGGAAAACAGCUGGUUUUUAUAUUUUUUACAGGUGAAGCCUGGGGAUACCUUGGCAGUAGAAGGUUUUUACAUGAAUUAGAUUUAGGAUCUGAAAGUGUUGUCGGCUUGAAAAGUUCACUAAUUGAAAAGGUCCUGGAUGUUGGAUCCGUUGGAAAAGGUUUUAGUGAAGGGAAGGCAACUUUCUUUAGUCAUGUUGAAGAGGAAUCAUCUGGUUCUAAGGAGAUCUUGAGUGCAUUGGAGAAAGCUGCUGCCUCACUUAAACCAGACGAAAUAGUGAUUCAAAAUGCAAGCUCUUCAAAUCCUGGCAUUCCUCCAUCAUCUUUAAUGCCCUUUUUUAGAAAGAAUCCUUCAACUGCUGGGGUUGUUCUUGAAGAGUUUGACAGUGUCUUCUCCAAUAAGUUCUACUAUAGCCACCCAGACGAUUCUUCUAAUAUUAACACCACCUCAAUAGUGUCAGCUGCUGCUGUGGUUGCACGUGCAUUGUAUAUCCUGGCUAGCAGUGGAUCAGGUUUUAGCAGCUCGAUUCUUUCUUCAAUAAAUAUCAAUGCAUCAUUGGUUGAGGAAUUAGUUGCUUGCCUACUGACCUGUGAGCCAGGAUUCUCCUGUAAGCUUGCAAGGAAUUUCAUAAUUUCAAAUGGGGCUUGCCCAAAUCACUAUGUUGGUGUUAUGCUUGGUUCUCCUGUUGCUGUGCCAUCUUUAGAGAAUGUUGGUGAUACAUCUCGAUUUAUUUGGAACUUUCUGGCUGAACGGAAUUCUAUUCGCAAGGCUAGCAGUAAUUCAUCAUGCUCACAAGGUUGUACAAGUCCAACUGAAGUGUGUGUUGGUGCAGAAACAGGGAAGGGUGUUUGUGUCAUAUCCACCACAAGGUAUGUCCCUGCAUACUCAACUAGAUUGAAAUUUGAAAAUGGAUGGAGAUUGGUUGCAACAAAUGCAGAGGAUCCUUUGGGAGAAGUAGAUCCUGUAUGGACGGAGAGCUUUUGGAACAGCAUAGGCCUGCGUGCCUACAAAGUUCAGAGCCAGACAUAUGAUCAACUGAUCCUCUGGGUUGGAAUUGCAUUGACCAUCAGUUCAUAUGUGGCUAUACUUGCAGCCAAAGCAGCUUUGAGAAAAUCCCUCAAGCGUGACUAGAGAAGGUUGUGUCAGUUCUAGUCCUUGAAAUCAGGCUUCCAAUCGAGAACGGAGGGAUCAUGGCACUGUCAUCCAUGGACGCACAAACAAGCCUCGCUCAGAUGAUUGCAGAAUUUACAAGCUCCUUAUACAGUGUUUUCAGGCUUUACCUUCUCUUCUGUUUCACUUGAGUGUGGCAACCGAGAAUUGCAGUCUGGGAGCCAGAGAUUGGCUUGGGCUGGCAGAAAUGGGAAAAGUACCAUAUGUUUGUCUCGGAAAUGAUUCAUAGAUUCUCGUUUGAAGACGGGGAUCUUGGAAAAGGCAAAAAUUUGCUACUGUAUAUUUUGAAUUGGGCACAAUUUGGUAUUAGUUCUUAUUGAGAAAUUCAAAACGUUAUCUUUAUCC